AUGCCUGAUCUACCACGCUUACCUAUUCCGCCAUUAAGGGAAACUUUGAAUCGAUACCUUGCCCGUGUCGAACCUCUUCAAGAGGACCGACAAAAUAAUAAGACAAGGGAAUGUGUUUUAUCUGAUGAUAAUUUAAAAAUGAUGCAGAAAUUGCAUGAACAUUUACUUGAGUAUGACAAGCAACUCGCUAGGGAAAAGCCUCAAUCUUCCUACAUUGAGGAUUUUUGGUACGAUGCCUAUUUGAUGUACGAAGCAUCGGUAGUCCUAAACGUUAACCCGUAUUUUCUUUUAGAAGAUGAUCGAACCAUCAAAAACGUUAUGGGAUGCUACGGCGAGUAUACUUGCCAGGUAAAAAGAGCCGCUAAACUCAUUUUUUCAAUUUUAAAAUUCAUCAAGGAAAUCCGCCAUGAAAAUCUGAGACCAGAUGUUGUCCGCGGUAAAACUCCACUAUCAAUGGAUCAGUACGCCAAAUUAUUUGGUUGUAGCAGAAUUCCAGCUGGACCAGGAGAAAAGUCCUGUCAUUUACAAGUUGAUCCAACGUCUCAUCACGUGAUGGUUACAUACAAAUCACAAUUCUAUUGGUUCGACGUAUUGGAUGUGAACAAUAUCCCCAUUUUCUCAACACCAGAACCUAUCGAAUGGAAUCUUUAUUCAAUAAUUAUGGAUAGUGAACAGAGUGAAGCUUCAAGACCACCCUUUGGUGUUUUCAUCACAGAAAAUCGUAGAGUCUGGUCCAAUGUAAGGGAUUAUAUCUUCCAUGACUCUGAUCCUACAAAUUGGAAAAACCUCAAAAUAAUCGAUAGCGCACUGUUUGUAAUUUGCCUCGAUGAUGCCUCAUUUACAGAAGAUAAUGAGCUCAUCAAAUCCAUGUUAUGUGGUACUUCUCAAAUCAGGUUAGGUCCUAACGAUUUGGCAAAACCUUUGGAUGCUCAACAUGGUACCUGUCUUAACCGCUGGUAUGACAAGCUUCAAUUGAUUGUCACGCAGAAUGGUAAAGCUGGAAUAAAUUUUGAACACACCGCAGUAGAUGGCCAUACAGUGUUGCGUCUUGCCGCUGACAUUUAUACCGAUUCAAUCUUGGGGUUUGCUAGAGGUGUCACCAAGAAUGUACCCGAUGUUUUUACUGAGACAUCAGAAUCAGAUUCUGAAAAUGUCAACUUGAAUCUAAUUACCAUCCCACGGAAACUCGAAUGGAAAGUAGAUCCAUUCAUUUUAUCAUCAUUGCAUUUUGCUGAAACUAGAAUUUCAGAUAGUGUAUCACAACAUGAGUUUGCUGCACUCGAUUUCACCAAGUAUGGAAGCAAUCACAUUAAGGCUAGUUUCCAAUGUUCACCAGAUGCACUGGUACAACAGGUUUUCCAAGUAGCAUAUUACGCCCUUUACGGUAAAUUCGAAACGACCUAUGAACCUGCCAUGACUAAACAAUUCACUAAUGGACGUACUGAAGCGAUUAGAAGUGUCACUUCUGAAUCAAAGAAAUUUGUUAAAUCAAUGUUUGAUCGAUAUGCCAUUGAUGAACAUCGCAUUCGAUUUUUGAGAAGAGCAUGCAACAAACAUUCUCAGAUCAUUAAAGAAUGUUCAGAGGGUUUAGGUCAAGAUCGCCACCUGUAUGCCCUGUACUGUAUAUGGAAUGAAUAUUACAAAGACACCAUGCCCUUACCCCCAAUUUUCAGCGAUAAAUCUUGGUCAAUACACAAUAGCACAGUGAUAAGCACAUCAAACUGUGGUAAUCCAUGCCUGAAAAGUUUUGGAUUUGGUCCCGUAACCCCUAAUGGAUUUGGGAUUGGUUACAUAAUCAGAGACAAUUCAAUCUCACUGGUGGUAUCGUCGAGACACCGUCAAACGAAUAGAUUUGCAUCAUUGAUUGAACAUUCUUUGUUAGAAAUCGAUCAUGUUUUCCAAAGAAGAUCUGCUGCGGAUUCGGAAAUUAGCGCUGUUACACCAUCUACUAGGCAUGGUUUUGGGAGACUGGAACAACAACGUAGCGACAGUUUAGUCCAUCUGCUGUCCGGUUACAACUAUUUCGACGUUAAUGUAUCAGGAUAA